UCGACAAGUCGUAGCGAAAGGUAAGUUUUCCCUUUUCUAUGCCCGGCGAGGCGGCGGUCGUCGCCGCCGCCGACGCCCUCUCCCACGGCGAGGCAGUCGUCAAACAUGGCGGAGCAACCUCGUGACUGGCCAACAACCCCGUCCCCGGCAGGCACGAGCAUCCACCUCACCCGCGGUUAUACGAUUACAAAGCCAACACAGAUUCCAUUCCUGUUGUGCUCCCUCCGUCCGGUCGUCGACCAACCGCCGUGUAGUUUCUACCCCCGCGCUGCGCCUUUGACCUCGCCCUCGCACUCGCACCAAAAUCCAUUUGCUGACGCACCAGCACCAUUGAAAACUGCCACCAACAACGAUCCUCUUCUUUCUCUCGCGUGCUUUCCCAUUGCGAGAGCUCAGGAACCCCUCGCUCGGCAUGGCCGCCGUCCUCCCCAGCCGCCUCCUCUUCUUCCUCCUCCUCCUCUCCUCGGCCUCGCACCUCGCCGCCGCCCAGUACGCGGAGUACUCGUGCAAUGGCACCUUGGGCAACUUCACGUCCGGCAGCGCCUUCGCCGCCAGCCUGGACCGCCUCGUCGCCUCGCUCCCCGGCGACGCCGCCUCCUCCCCGUCCCUCUUCGCCUCCGGCUCGGACGGCGCCGCCCACGGCCUCGCGCUCUGCCGCGGGGACCUGACGGACCGGCGCGCCUGCUCGGCGUGCCUCGCCGGCGCCUUCGCCGGGCUGCGCCGCCUCUGCGGCGCCGCCCGUGACGCCACGUUCUACGCCGACCUCUGCACGGCGCGCUACUCCGGCGGGGACUUCCUGGCGCGCCCCGACGACAACUCCCCCGUCGUCAACGGCAUGGACGCCAACGCGUCCACGUACCCGGGCUGGGACGCCCGGAACGCCACCAGCCGCAGCUUCUUCGUCUCCCUCGUCGCCACGCUCUUCGGGGAGAUGGCCAUGUACGGCGCCUACAACUCCUCGCGCCGCCUCGCCAGCGCCGUCAUGUUCAUCAACCCGCAGCUGCCCACCGUGUACGGCUUCGCGCAGUGCACGCCGGACCUCGCAUCCGCGCAGUGCUGGCACUGCUUCCAGGGCGUCGCCGAACUCAACCGCCAGUGGUACGACGGCCGCGAGGGCGGCCGCAUCUCCGGCGUCCGCUGCAGCUUCCGCUACGAGGGGUACCAGUUCUACCAGGGCACGCCGGACGUCAGGAUCGGGGGCAAGCACGGCGACGACUCCGGCCCGGAUGCCGCCGGAACCGACGGAAGCAGCCACAAAAAGGCCUUGAUCAUCGCUGUCGUCGUAUCGAUCACGGUUGUCUGUGGCUUGCUGCUUGCCGGCCUUCUGAUAAUCAGAAAACAAAGGAGGAAGAGAGUCGGAAAGACGAGGCUGCCGGUGCAGGCACAUUCCCGGAACAGCACCAGGACGGAGGAGGCGCUGAGGCUGUGGAGGAUCGAGGAGAGCACCUCAGAGUUCACGCUCUACGACUUCGCCGAGCUGGCCGCCGCCACCGGGGACUUCUCCGACGAGAACCGGCUCGGCAAAGGCGGCUUCGGCCCCGUCUACAAGGGGAAGCUGCCGGACGGUGCCGAGAUCGCGGUGAAGCGGCUGGCGGCGCAUUCCGGGCAGGGGCUCGAGGAGUUCAAGAACGAGAUCCAGCUGAUCGCCAAGCUGCAGCACACCAACCUGGUCCGCCUGGUGGGUUGCUGCGUCCAGGAUGAGGAGAAGAUGCUCGUCUACGAGUACAUGCCCAACCGCAGCCUCGACUGUUUCAUCUUUGACCAGCAACGGGGGCCAUUGCUAGACUGGGAGAACCGACUGCGUAUAAUCGAGGGCAUCGCCCAGGGCCUCUUGUACUUGCACAAGCACUCCCGGGUGCGCAUCAUCCAUCGAGAUUUGAAGGCCAGCAAUAUUUUGCUCGACAAAGAACUGAACCCCAAGAUCUCGGAUUUUGGCAUAGCCAGGAUCUUUGGUUCCAACAUGACCGAAGCCAACACCAACAGGGUCGUCGGAACAUAUGGCUACAUGGCUCCCGAGUACGCUUCCGAGGGCAUCUUCUCGAUCAAGUCCGACGUGUACAGCUUCGGCGUGUUGCUGCUCGAGAUCGUCAGCGGGAAGAGGAACAGCGGCCACCAACGUCAGUACGGCGACUUCAUCAACCUGCUGGGAUACGCGUGGCAGCUGUGGAGGGAAGGGCGGGCGUUCGAGCUGAUCGACCCGACGCUGGGCGAGUGCGGCGAGGUUGCCAGCAUCAUGCGGUGCGUCAAGGUGGCGCUGCUGUGCGUGCAGGACAGCGCCGCGGACCGCCCCACCAUGGCGGACGUGACGGCGAUGCUGGCCGCCGGCGCCGGCGACGGCGGCGCCUCGCUACCGGACCCGAGGCGGCCGCCGCACUUCUCGCUCCGGGUCAGCAGCAGCGAGGACGACGGGACGGAGGGCCGCCGGACCCGGUCGUCGUCGUCGUCGCACGCCACCACGUCGUGCAGCACCAACGAGCUCACCGUCACCACCAUCCAAGAGGGCCGGUGACGACAGUGACCUUCUGGUCCGUAUAUACCAUUGUUUGUGCACACACAUCCUCUGAUGGAAUGGAUGGAUCGACCUGCAGUGUGAACGAGAGGUUUAGGGAAAGAAACAAAAAGACGAAGGAGCUUGUGUUCUGUGUGAACGAGUAGACGUUUCCUUUUGCGUUUGCAGCUGCUAGAUCGCGACGCGUCACAUGACGAUUGUACGCGGGCACUGCUUGUAGGGACAAAUGCUAGAAUUGAUGAUGGUUGAGUCGCGGUCGUGGCAGCAUUGCUUUGACGGCGAAAAAGUUGUUGAGAAAUGUUGAGUACUCUA